AUGGGCGAGGAGGCCAAUUGCGACGCCGUGAUGGAGGACGGCAACGGCAACGGCAACGGCAAGGCCAAGGAGAACGGCCACGCCACAGCCGUUGUGGCCAUGCCGGACGUCAAGGCCAAGGCCGAGGACGCCGUGGUGGCGCCGGGUGACCCCCGCCUGCAGGGCAUCUCCGACGCCAUCCGCGUCGUCCCGCACUUCCCCAAGCAAGGGAUUGAGGCGAGAGGAUUUAUAUUUGGCCCCGCGAUUGCACUAGCCAUCGGUGCCAAGUUCAUUCCGUUGCGCAAGCCUAAGAAACUCCCAGGUGAGGUGAUUUCUGAGACCUAUGUUCUCGAAUACGGAACUGAUUGUCUGGAGAUGCAUGUUGGUGCUAUCGAACCCCGUGAGCGUGUUUUGAUAGUUGAUGAUCUGGUUGCAACUGGUGGGACACUUUGUGCUGCUAUAAAUCUUCUGGUUGUCUGUUACUUGUGCAACUUCAGAGGUUAUACUCUUUCCACUGGCACAUUCAGAGCACAUUAUUCACUGACCGGUGCAACAGUUAAUCAGUCAAUUCUCGUCUUGUUAGCCCGUGACACAUUUGCAGAACUGAAGGCACCAGUGCAUGGCAGACCGUUUGAUUUCCAGAACGUGCUGGAGCUGAUGUCGUUGAGUGUGCUUGUCUCAUUGGGCUCCCUAAAUUUAAGCCUAAAUUACACUGUCACCGGAUUUGACCACUUGAAAAUCGCAUAG